CAUAAAAAGUUGACGAGUCUCGGCCACGAAUGGCUCCGAGGCCGUCCGAGGCUCAAAGUUCUCUCUCUCUCUCUUUCUCUCGCCGCGGCUCAGCAACCUUGGCUCUAGCCGAGACCGCAGGAAACGUCGACGUGAGGGCCGCCGCGAAAGACUGCCGCGUACGACGCAGCGAGCAGUCGGAGGAGUGACGGACUCUCGUGCAUUGUGUCGGCUCUCUCUCGGCGGAGCGCCGGACGCGAUAUGAACGUUUGAUCGCGUGCGCGCGCGUACACGGCGCCAGUGAGAGAGAGAGAGAGAGAGAGAGAGCUCUCUCCGUGUGUCACCACGACGCAUCGUGAGCGCGAGGAAACGAGCACCGUUGACAAAGUGAGGAAAAAAGAUGUCGAAAGCUGCUGACAGGCAGAGCUACGCGCAAACUUACAAGCUCGUGGUCGUGGGUGGGGGUGGUGUCGGAAAAUCGGCGAUCACGAUACAAUUCAUUCAAAGCUACUUCGUGACCGAUUAUGAUCCGACGAUCGAGGACUCCUACACGAAGCAAUGCGUUAUCGACGAUGUGCCGGCGAAACUUGACAUAUUGGACACCGCUGGCCAGGAAGAAUUUAGCGCAAUGCGCGAACAAUACAUGAGAAGCGGCGAAGGAUUCCUGCUCGUGUUUGCCGUCACCGAUCAUUCGUCUUUUGAUGAGAUAUCAAAGUUUCACAAACAAAUUCUCCGGGUAAAGGACCGAGACGAAUUCCCCAUGCUGAUGGUUGGCAAUAAAGCAGAUUUGGAUCAUCAUAGAAGCGUGUCAGUUGAAGAGGCGCAAAAUAUGGCACGUCAAUUAAAAAUUCCAUACAUCGAGUGCAGCGCGAAGCUACGGAUGAAUGUUGACCAAGCUUUCCACGAGUUGGUGCGAAUCGUCAGGAAGUUUCAACUGUCGGAGCGGCCACCACUUAAACCGAAUUACAAGAAAAAUAAGAAGAAGUGUUGCAUGCUGUAAUACCGAAACCAGUUAAUCCGUCUAAGUCGACUUUAUGCUAAUUAGACCGCAUUUCUCACGGUGAGUGAUAACUCUAACUAGAAGAAACGUUUCGGAGGAGAGUAGAGAUUUAUUGUGCAUGAGGAAAGGAUGGGAAGAUACGAAUUUAUUUUGAUCAAGCACUUCUGCAACGUCACAUCGAGUUUGCAGAUAAUUAAUAAUGCUCCGAUGGAAGAUAGCUUCUCAUCGAUGAUUACAUUGACGUCCAAUAUCGUUUCGCGAUAGUACGCUGACGCGAUUAAUUAUAAUGUGACAACAAAGCAUGCGUGAAAUGUGGGACGCGUGCUAAAGGAGAGCGUUUAAGCGGCAAUUGAUCGAGUAAGCUUAAUCAAUUUUAGUUUCUUCUAACAUAACAAGUCAGUCGUUAUAUUUCAGGUAAAUAUUAGAAACGACAGUACGGUGACCGAUAAAUAAAUAAUUCUAUUAUUUUUUUAUAAGAAUUUUAGUAAGAAUUUUCUCUGUGCGUGGAGUAGUGCCAAGUUUGAUGCCAAUAUAACACAGUUCUUCGCAUUAGUUAUUACUUCAAGUCAAUUGUUAUAUUUCAGGUGAAUAUUAGAAGCGAUAGUCCAGUGACCAGUAAAUACAUUAUUUUUUUACGGAUUUUAAUAAGAAUUUUCUCUGUGCGUGUAAGGUAUUAAUAAGGUACCUUAAGUAUAUCAGUACAACAGUACAGUUCACAGUUGUUAUUUGUGACACAACUUAUUUGUUUAGUAAUAUUGCAUCCAAAAACUUGCGGCUCGCUCUCCUGUACUAGUGUUUUCCGACCAGUUCUGCCAUAAUGAAAAAAGUUAAGAGAUAUAUAUUUGUUAAAUCAACCAUGUAUAUUUUCUAGUAAUGUAGCGGUUGAAAUUUUACGCUGUUAUAAUAAUGUCAAAGUGGGGCCAAUAACACACUUUAACGCACAUGAUUUUGUAAUUAACGAUUAACGAUUAUCUCAAGUGUAUAUUCCACGAAUUGUAACUUAUAUUUCGCAUCACAUGUAAUAUUCAAUAUUCUCCAAAGUCAAAUCACAAUCGCCACAUCCUUUUAAGCUGUUCGUGUAAUAUAAUAUAUAUUUAUUGUAUACGGAAGAAAAAAAAGAUGAAAAAAAGGAAGAAGAAGAAACGCGCUGAGAAACUCGAACUACAAAAUUAAUAAUUUACAUAUUUAAUCGUCUACUUAUAUGUACUGCAAUUUUAUAUAGUAUCAUUGGUAUUUUACGGAAACAAAAUUAUAACGCGAUAAUGUUCUAAUCCUUCACUGAUUUCUGCUUAAUGAAGUCAACACAAUGACAUGAAAAGCAUAAAUAUUUCAUUGCUCCUAUUACUUUGUUAACUUACGUUUUAACGAGCUUAUAUGUCUAUUGAAUGGCAUUUGUAAUAAAUGUUGCCUGGUACUUGUGAUUUAAAAAAAGAAAAAGGGAAAAAAAAGAAAUGUUAUUUUCGUGGAAAUAUAAGAAAACAAAUGUGUUCAACAAGAUUCGAUUUCACCAAUAACGAGACAUUUUUGAUAGGUUAAAGUUUUCCCCGAUCUGCUGCAAUUUGUUUCAUUAUUGGUGACACCGGUCACAAAAUGUACUAAUAAUAAUAUUAAUAAUUAAUAUUAAUGUCAAUAUAACAUAGUUAUAUGAUAAUAUACGAUAUAUAUACAUAAGAUAGAGAGAAAGAUCGUUAUUGGUGGUAGAAUUGGCAAGUUAAUGUUACAAGAAUAGAAAUCAAAUCGUCGAAUUCUUUAUAUAUGCAAUUUGUAUAUAUGUACGCGCAAUAGCUAAAAAAAUGGAUGCCUCAGGAUUUUAUAUAAAAAUGUUAAGUCAAAUAUUUUCAUCCUUUUUUUUUUUUCAAAACCCUUCCUACUUUCACCGCUAAUAACCGAUCUACUUACUGUAUCUAAGAGCCUAUAUACAAAAAAACGAUACAUUAUAUCUUACAAAUUAGAAACGUCUCGCCACAAUUAGUGUCGCACUCAACAAUGAAUUAAUUUAUACAAGCGUGAUCGUGCAAAAUAUUACUCGUAAUAAUUCGCGAAGCGCUGUGCCUUGAGUGAAAAGUUCCAUUUAUUUUUGUAACUAAAUAUAUAUUUAUAUAUUUGUAAAAAAAAAUUGUCUAUGUAUAUAUACACAUAUGCGUCGACUGAUUGUUAAAUAUAACCUACGUUUGUUAAAUAACUUCUGUAUAAAACAAAUAAUAAUAAUACGAUGAAUAUUGAUUAA